AAUAAACGAAUGACAGAGAGGCUACUGAUAGUUAAAUUGCUACCAAAAUAUAUAACCAAUACGGAAUCGCAUUACUCGACUGUGUGCCAAGGCUGUUGCGGUUAAGUUGAUGUCAUUCCUACCCACCAGUUUGCUCCCACUGACUGGUGUUGGACUGUGUCGUGUAACACAGGCAGCUUGUGGCCAAUGCCACAGGCUCUACCUUCUGAGAGAAGCGGGAUAUCAACUUUUAAAAGAGUUCCCAAGCUAGCCUUAACAGACCUAUCGUGUACCCUCGUGGCUGUUGGACUGAAGAGUGACAAUUGUCAUGUCGGAGUUAAACCAAGAGGUGGUGGAUUUGGUUUGGGGCAGACCCUCCAGUGGAGUGGUUUCUGCAUCCAUAUUCCGCAGAUGGACCCAAGGAUUUGUUUUUUGUGAGAAUGAGCAAACAGCACUGGAGCAGUUUGAAGGAGGGCCGUGUGCUGUCCUUGCACCUGUCCAGGCCUUCCUCUUCAAGAACAUUCUUUUCAACAGAGAAAGUUCAAACUGGAGACAGAUGACAGAAGAGGAGCAAAAAACAGUACUGUGUUCCACGCUGAGUGAAAUCCUGGAGUCGGCCUGCUCCAGCCCCUCCACAGGGUUCUGCCUGGUGACCUGGGCCAAGGGACAAAGCCCACAUAGCAGCACACAGUCACAGUCGCAAACACAGGAGGUGCCAGCGCCGGAGAGCAGCCAGCCUCCACAGGAACAGCAACCCACUGCUUUGGCUGCUGAAGACCUUGGCUUUGAGCGAUUUCACAGUGUUGUCCAUAAGCGGACUGUGAUGUCAGUCUCUGGUCUCAGAGAGGAGGUGUUGUCUCUCUGCCACACCUGGAGGGGGUGCUGUGGAGUCUUGCUUUUCCUCUACUCAGUCAUCCUCACUAAGGGCAUAGAGAAUAUAAGAAAUGAGAUCCAGGACACAACGGAGCCUCUGAUAGACCCUGUGCAUGGCCAUGGCAGCCAGAGCCUGGUGAAUCUCCUUGUAACUGGCCAUGCUGUCUCUAAUGUUUGGGAUGGAGACAGGGAGUGCUCCGGCAUGAAACUGCAUGGUAUUCAUAAACAGGCAUCAGUUGGCUUCCUCACGCUUAUGGAAUCACUACGCUACUGCAAGGUUGGAGCAUUCCUGAAGUCUCCAAAGUUCCCUAUUUGGAUCCUUGGCAGUGAAACUCACCUCUCUGUGUUUUUUACCAAGGCAAGUUCAAUACAGUCGUCCAUAAGCAGCAACACAUAUUUCAGGCACACAGACACAGUGUGUAAAUCCUCAGCAGGUUUGAAAAACCAAAAUAUGGAAUGUGCUUAACAGAUUUAAUAUAGUGCAGGUCGGAUAUC